AUGACCCCGCCCAUUUUUAUAUACACUUCUGGGAUGAGCAUCGCUGUCAUCGCGUCUACAGGUGAAAUUACAGACUCCGCAAACACCGGACAUUUCCAAGGGAAUCUCACAGCUGUAUCUCACACACCACUAAGCGGAAUGAUGUCCACUGCGGAAAUGCUAGAGGAACUCUACCAGAGCAAAGUGGACUUCAAUGCCACAGAGUUCAUCUCUUACAAAUCAAAAGCAGAAUAUGUGGUCACCAUUCUCCUGGAAGAGGUCCAGAAACAUGUAAAACCAAGAGACCCCAAGAUACAACUGAAGCCCAUUGGCACUGGCAGUGCUUUUGAAGGUGUGAAGGUAAAACCAGACUUGGAGUUUGACUUCAUGGUUCCAAUUGAGAUAACAUGGGACCAGAUAAUCUUCUCAGAUAAGGAUCCAAAUAUUCCAGUUUGCUUUGGAGUCAUUCAGAUUGAAAUACCAAUGUCAACAGUAAUCAUGUUUCAGUCUACUUCCAUAUGGGCUAAAGAUUUAAAUUUCAAAGAGAAGUUCUGUGUUCCGUUUCAAAGGUAUGGCCAUGUAUUGUCUGCGGAGAAGAUCCAGCGGUGGUUCCAGUCCAUGUGUGCUCAUACUCUGCCUGAGCUUGCAUUGCGCUUCCCUGGAAUCAACUUCAGAUUUCGGACAAGCGGCCCUGCAAGGACUCUCGUUUUUGACUGGCUUGGGAAGGAGGUGAAUAUCGAUAUUGUGCCCGCUGUUCCAUACCAGGGUGUUUUCCUUGUGGCAAAGAUGACCUCACACUUUGGGGAAGCUGCAUGGAGGCUUUCCUUCUCUACUAGCGAAAAGGCUUUCUUUAACAGCCUGCCAGCCAACUCCUGUUACUUCAAGUGCCUGAAGAUACUAAAAUACCUGAGAGAGAAUGAUAAGAGAAUGUGCUCGACCUCCCAGUUGUCCUCCAGUUGUCCUUCUUUUUACCUCAAAACAGCAUUUUUCCAUCAGGUGUUGCAAACUACAGAAUAUGUCUGGCAGAACCACAACCUGGAAGGUCGAGUGAAAGGUCUCCUCCAAUACCUGGCAGAAUGUAUGAGGCAACGGCACCUCCCACACAUUUUUGUGGGGAAUAAAGUUCUGGAAGGCAAAUGUGAAUCAUGGCUGUGGGAUGUUCCUCGCAAGUUCUUCCGUUUUAGUGAGACAAACCUUUUGAAAGAUGCCAACAAAGAAACCUUGGAUCAGAUCAGGUGGAGGUUGAUUUACAUUCAUGAUCACUUUGAAGAGGUCCUUCAACAGUCACACACAUAUUCCACACAAUUUUCUCCCAGGAUUUUACCACCAGAAGCCUCAACUGAGAUCAGAGCCCCAACAGGCCAGGUCAGGGUAGAAAGAAGAUCAUAUGGUACAGCUUAUGGUGCGCAUCACAGCCCACCAACAUUUCCAGGAUACAAUUAUACAAGUCAGGGCAGCUUUCAGGAAUGUUGUCAAGUGCUCUGUGUGGUUGUGGUUUUGGUCUUCUUGUUCUUCUUCUUUCUCAUUAUCCUUUUUUCUCAAUUUCAACACAAGAGAGGAGAGAAAUUUGGAUAAAAUUGAGAAGUGGAGCUGUGAAAAAGAAAAAAUGAAAA